AUGAUUUACCCAAGAUAUACCCGCAUUUUCCUAACUCCGAUUCUAUGUGGGUUUGUCAUUUGCUACUACCUUUUCAUCUUGAGACCGCAGUUUGCGGGCGAGUGGUCUAUGAGUCAGAAGGCGACGACAAUACACCCAGGUCAUUCAGGAUACUUCUGGGCGCAAUACCCCCAAAAAUAUCCAGUUCGAGAGCCAGUAUCUAUUCCUCCAGCCGUCCGGGGAAGCAUCCCUGCGGUCCAGCAUCGUUUCCCUCAUGAAAAGGCCGCAGCUCGCAAGGUUCGUAUGGCGCGCUUGGAGGCUGUCAAAGGAAACUUUACGCAUGCCUGGACGGGAUACAAGGAUCAUGCGUGGAUGAGCGACGAGGUUGCGCCAGUCUCUGGGCAUGGGCUUAAUCCCUUUGGCGGGUGGGCUGCAACUCUUGUGGAUUCGUUAGAUACACUAUGGAUAAUGGGUCUCCAGGACGACUUCGAGCAAGCCGUCACAGCCGUCGCGGACCUCAAUUUUACACAGUCCUCCCUACAGGAAAUCAACGUAUUUGAAACGACAAUCCGAUACCUGGGCGGUUUCCUAGGCGCCUACGACAUUAGCGACCACAAAUACCCCAUAUUACUCGACAAGGCUAUUGAAGUCGGCCAAAUGCUCUACGCCGCAUUCGACACCCCAAACAGAAUGCCGAUUAUGCGCUGGAAAAUCAACGACGCGGCAGCAGCAGCAGCGCAGGGCGUCGGCGGCGCAGGAGGUUUGCAAGAGGCUGGAGACAGUGUACUUGUGGCAGAGAUUGGCUCGCUCACGCUCGAGUUUACUCGUCUGAAUCAGCUAUCGCAGGACAAUCGCUAUUACGACGCCAUACAGCGGAUUAUGGAUGUGUUUGAUGCGCAGCAGAGCGGGACCAAGGUCCCGGGCUUGUGGCCUGUGGUGGUUAAUGCAAGGACUAUGGAUUUUCGUAGUUCUUCCAUGUUUACGAUUGGCGGAAUGGCUGAUUCUCUCUAUGAGUAUCUUCCAAAGCAACAUGUCCUCCUUGGAGGAGCCUCUCAGCAGUAUUCAAAACUGUACAGCCAAGCGCUCGACGCGAUGAAAUCUCACAUAUUCUUCCGCCCCAUGACUCCCACUGACGCCGACGUGCUGUUCCCCGGCGAUAUCUCAUCAAAUGGCCAGAUUCCGCUAUCCCAGCUCAAGAUCGAGCCAAGAGCGCAGCACUUGGGCUGUUUUGCAGGCGGCAUGGUCGCCCUCGGAGCAAAAGUGUUUGGGCAGCCAGAUGACUUGCAAGUAGCACAACAGCUGGUCGACGGCUGUAUUUGGGGGUAUGAAAAUGGACAUUUGGGUAUCAUGCCGGAAAUUAUGCACAUGACUGUCUGUGAGGAUCAGACGCAGUGUUCUUGGGAUGAAAACAAGUGGCAGCAGGAAGUGGAAAAGGCGUUUCCAAGCGACGGUGAUUAUGUACAAGCAACGAUCGGGGCGAAGAACCUGCCUCGCGGGGUGUCUAAAGUUGAUGAUCCACGAUAUCUGCUGAGACCAGAAACAAUCGAAUCCAUAUUCAUCAUGUACCGCAUCACCGGCAACCCGCGGCUUGUCGAGACAGCAUGGGGCAUGUUCAACACCAUCAUCCAGCACACCACGACAGAAAUCGCACACACGGGUCUCAGAGACUGCACGGUCGAUAAUCCCCCCAAGUCAGACAGCAUGGAAUCGUUUUGGCUGGCCGAGACGCUCAAGUAUUUUUACCUGAUGUUUGCAGAGCCGGAUGUGUCCUUUGUGUUUGUCGAGGACAAGAGCAGAAAAUACGACUUUGUCGACAACGAAAACCCCAAUUGGACGUCCAAAUCGUCGCUGGUCGACCGGCAGAAACUGCAGCAGGGCGAUGAGUCGCAGCUGCGUAUGGCGUGCAAGCUGUUGAGCGACAGGAUUGACCGGGGAGAGAUUGCGCCGGGGAAUACAACAGCAGCAGCAACAACAACAACAACAACAAACAAGAAUACAACAAAUAAGAAUACAAUAGAUAAGAAAACGACAACGACAGACGAGUCGUUGCGGCACUACAACACUACAGACAGCACAGAAGAAAAUGCCAGAGAGACACAGUCGAUGCCGGUGAUUAGCGAGAUGCUGCGCGGUCUUGAAACAAAACCCGGGGAACCGGAAAUCACAGUAAUCCCACAACAACAAGAAACCACAACCAGAGACCAGCAAAAGACAGCAAAACUAAUCACGCAAAUUCCAAACAACGACGACGACAACGCGCCCCAGCAUAUCGAAGAAUACGACCCUCUAAGCGCCAUCGCAACCGCGCCCGACGACGCCGUCUCGCUCGAUCACCGAAAAACCGGCCUCAUGCGCCGCAUCUCAUUUUUCGCAUUUGGAAAGCGCAAAACGAGCGAAAGUGCUCUGGGACAUUAUCAUCAGCAUAAUAAAGGCGCGGUGGCCGUGCAGUGA